AUGAAGGAGGCAAGCAGUUGCGAAUGGCAGAUGUGGGACGUCUCCUUGACAGCUAACGAAUUGGAGCGCAUGCUAUUGAGUCUAAAGAACCCACCAUCCUUGCAAGAAGAAGCGGAAAACGCUGAAGACAUAAAAAACAACUCCAUUUCUCCGUCAGAAGAUUGGAGCCACGAAUGCCAGCACGUGGCCCUCGUGAAUGUCGAUUUGACAGCGGAAUCGCUGCAGCAAAUUGUCGAUAAAUGGAUUGAGACACGGGCUGUUGAAAAGGUAUUUUCUGUUUGUCUCGAUGACAAUGCGCUGGGAGAGAAAGCGGCAGGAGCUGUCUGCAAAUUUCUGGCGAACGCGCCGCUCUUACGGGCAAGGAACUUCCGCCUCACACCACAACCUCACGCGCUCAUUAAUUUUCCACUUUUAUUUUCAGUUCUGCAUCUCUUUUCUUCCUCAGGAACUGGGCUGCUGACUUACAGAGCUUCCCUUUCUCUCAGUGCGGGCAAACGCUUUUUGCCAGAAAGCCUGACCAUCCUUACUGAUCUGCUGCCAGCGGACAGCCACAACUCGCUGUCUUAG